GAAACUAUGAGAUCUCCAGCAUAUCGCAUGUGACAAUGUCCCCCUCGAGACAGAACAACUUUGUGUCAAUGUUGUCUUCUUUGCCCCUGUCCAGAAGCUCCUACAAUGUGAUAUGUGCCUUUUGCACAGAGGAUAAUAUGCCUCAGUGCAUGUCAUACAUUAAUCAGGAGCUUGACUCACUGGGCCUCUGCUCCCCACGUAUUGAGGCCAGCUCACCAGGGGGAGCUGGUCUGAACACAGUGCCAGCUCUGAACGCCAUGUAUGAGCUAAUGCAGAUUCACCGACGCAAUAUGUGCACUUUAGAAGAGCUUGAGAACGAUCAGCUGAAGAAAUCCAGCACCUUGGACCACAUGCAGAUGAACAAUUCCAGACUCAAGGAUCAGUUGGAACUGUCCAUAAGGGAGAAAUCGGGUCUACAUGAGACGGAGAGGCAGCUACAACUCAAAAUUAAGACUUUGCAGAGCUGCUUGAAAACAGAAAAAGAUGAGGUUCAGAAGCUGCAGAGUAUCAUUGCCAGCCGUGCCUCUCAGUACAGUCAUGAUGCCAAGAGAAAAGAAAGGGAAGCGGCAAAGCUCAAGGAACGCCUCGGCCAGCUACUGGUCGACAGAAAGGAUAAGAAACUAGCUCUGGAUGUACUGAAUAGUUUGGGACGUUCAGAUGGAAAAAGGAGCCACUGGAAGACCGCAAAAACGACAACAAGCCACGAGGAUGAGAUGUACAAGUCGUUGCUCAAUGACUACGAGGUGAGUCAGAGGUCCUUGUUGCUGGAGAACGCUGAGCUUAAGAAAGUCCUCCAGCAGAUGAAGAAGGAGAUGAUACAUAUCCUGAGUCCACGCCUGCCUUCUACCAGAGGAGCCGCUGCUGAGAACAGUCGGGAGCAGGCUGAUUCAGAUGGGGAGGAGAAAGCGGGUGACACUAGCAGGGAAACUCUGGACCAAUCCUGUGAGCAUGCCAGGGAGCAGCUCACCAACAGCAUCCGCCAGCAGUGGAGGAAACUGAGGAACCACAUGGAGAAGUUGGACAGCCAAGCCUCGCUAGUGCAUCAUCAGCUGGAGUCCAAUAAAGAGGUGAUACCAAGGGAAACUCACGAGGAUGAGAUGGAAAGGAUGAGGCGUGAAGUGCAGCAGUGCAAAGAGUUCAUUCAUGCACAGCAACAGCUCCUCCAGCAACAACUCAACACAUCCUUUGAUGAUGAGACGGCAGCUCUUCUUAAUGACUGCUACACACUGGAGGAGAAGGAGCGUCUCAAAGAGGAAUGGAGGCUCUUUGAGGAACAGAAGAGAAACUUUGCGCGGGAGAGAAAGAACUUCACAGAGGCUGCUAUUCGCCUCGGGCGAGAGAAGAAGGCAUUUGAGGAGGACCGUGCCUCUUGGCUCAAGAAUCAAUUUUUGAACAUGACCCCCUUUACAGACCGCAGGAGAUGUUCCUCGUCGGACGGUCAAAGUGCCUUAUCAGUCAGAAGUGAGCCAGAGAUGAGGAUGUCUUCCACGAAAGCUCAGCUGGCCAAGUCAUCAGCCUACGCCACGUUCUCCACUCCGAAGUCUACACAAAGUGCGACUGUGCCAUCCACAACCGAACUUUACCGGACGCUCCGCCUGAUACCAGACAGCAGUUCCUCCCGACAUUCAAAUCGAGGAUCCUGGCAAGAGUCCAACACCAUUGACGAUGGAGAUUUUCGGGUCAAAUCAAACAGAAUUCAAUGUAGGGACUUGAGUAUCUUCUCUUUGGGUGGAGAUGAGAACAGCCUCACUUGAAGAACUUUCAGUGCCUUUCUAAAAAAGAAAAAUCUAUAAUUUCACAGUGGACUUGAGCAAUAUUUCCUGGCUGAAUCCCAUCACAACUGAUGAACACUACUUUUCUUUUUUUUGCAGCAGAAGCAUUUAAGUCACAUCACAUUGUUAUGGACAUGCACUGAUCAUUCACCAAAGCUGAUCAAACAAGAAAGCACUUUAAUGAUUCUGCCAUUGAUCAUGUUUUUCCUUUUUAACAAACAAAUCAACACUGACAGUUCAGAUUUUAAACUAUAUUCAAAGGAGGGUAUCUACCAAGUAGUGAUAUGAACAUAUUGGGGUAAGAAAUCUCUUUUUUACAUGUGGUUUAGUUUUAAUGUGCAAGUUUUAGUUUUGAAAUUAACUUUGAUAAGAUUAAAUAACUAUCUGCUUUGCUGGUAUAAUGGCACAAUAAAGAUAUUUUUAAUGAAA